CUAUAUGGGGGGUAGCCAAUGUCAUAGUGCACUUGCGCAGUGGGCUCAGUGCCCCGCGACCCCCGCAUGCUGCUACAGUUCCAUUGAUAGCUAAAAGGAUUCGUAUCUCCAUGUGCAUGUAUCUAUAUUCUCUCAAGAGCUGAUACUUCUUAGAUGUAUUGCUGAGGGGUUGAAACUUUUGCCGUUUAAUCCAGUUGCUUCAUCGAAAUCUAUAAAUAAAAAAUCAGCUUGUUAAAGAAAGUAUCCAUCAUGGGCUCAGCUUCACAACAACUCCGUACUUGGUGGAAGGAAAGCUCAGUUUACCAAAUAUAUCCGGCAUCCUUCCAAGACACCACAGGGUCAGGAACCGGUGAUCUCAAAGGCAUCAUUUCACGUAUAGACUAUCUCAAUGGCCUCGGCGUUGAUAUUGUGUGGCUGUCGCCCAUCUUCGCGAGCCCCCAGAAAGACAUGGGAUAUGACAUCAGCGACUACAAGACUAUAGACCCCGUUUAUGGAAACAUUGGCGAUGUCGACGAGCUGAAGGAUAAGCUCCAUGAGCGUGGCAUGAAGCUGGUCUUGGACCUGGUUGUGAACCACACAAGCGACCAGCAUGAGUGGUUUAGAGAAUCAAGAAAGUCAAAAACCAAUCCAUUCAGAGACUGGUACAUCUGGCGCCCGCCCAAGUAUGAUGCUCAGGGCAACCGACAGCCUCCAAACAACUGGGAAAGCCACUUCCAGGGCAGCGCUUGGGAGUAUGAUGAAGCAACGGAUGAGUACUACCUGCGCCUCUUCUGUAAAGAGCAGCCGGAUCUCAACUGGGAAAACCCGGCAGUGCGUGAAGCAGUCCACGAUAUCAUGCGCUUCUGGCUCGGUCGAGGGAUAGACGGUUUCCGUAUGGACGUUAUCAACUUCAUCAGCAAAGAUCAACAGUUCCCAGACUCGGACAAGGUGAUUAAUCGGGGCCAUGAAUAUUACGCAUGCGGACCGAGAUGCCACGAGUUUCUGAGAGAGCUCGGCGCCAUUCUAAAGGAGUACGACGCAUUCAAUGUGGGCGAAAUGCCCUGCGUGCAAGACGAGAGCGAAGUCAUCAAGGCUGUUGGUGCUGACCGCGGAGAGCUCAACAUGAUUUUCUACUUUGAGCACAUGGAUCUCGACUAUGGCCCCAAGGGCAAGUUUUCCCCCGGCACAUGGACCCUCGCAAAGCUAAAGACCGUGGUCAACAAAUGGCAGAGGUUCAUGUACGACAACAACGGCUGGAACGCCCUCUACCUAGAAAAUCAUGACCAGCCACGAGUAAUCAGCCGCUUCGCAUACGAUGAUCCUGGGCAUCGCGUGGCCAGCGCCAAGCUCAUUGCUGUAUUCCAUGCUUUUCAAGCUGGCACGCCGUUUAUAUACCAGGGACAAGAGAUUGGCAUGACCAACGUUCCUAAAGAAUGGCCCAUUGAGGAGUAUAAGGAUGUUGAUUGCGUCAACCACUGGAACUUAUACAAAGACAGCCCUGAUGAAGAUAUCAAACGGCUAGUCAAAGCAGAAUACCAAAAGAAAUCUCGUGACAACGCCCGCACGCCCAUGCAGUGGGACACCACCCCCCAAGCCGGCUUCACCUCCAGCGACAAGCCCUGGAUGCGCGUCAACGACAACUACAAAGAGGUCAACGCCGCCUCUCAAACAGACAAGCCUCUGUCCGUGUAUCACACCUAUCGACUGGUCCUAGAGAAACGCAAACAGUACAAGGACAUCUUCGUCUACGGCAGCUUCGAGCUCAUCGAUGAGCCAAACGAGAAGAUAUUUGCAUAUAAGAGAAGGGCCACCAACGGGGAGGCUGCGCUGAUUGUCUGCAACUUUUCUUUGGAUGCGGUGACGUGGAAGAUGGACGAUAAGCCGAAAGAGGUGCUGUUUACCACUAGUGACAGAAACUUGAGCCAAGUGAGCGGUGGUGAACUUUCGUUGGCUCCGUGCGAGGCAAUCGCUUUGCUUCUCUGAGUGUGGGACUUAUCGAGAAGACUUUAUCAUAGAAUACAUGUAGACUGGAGCGUUUGUUGUUAUGAUACAAGGAGGAUGGUUGAUUAAGUGUUCAUAGAACAUAGGAGAACAUGAAUAGCUGAUAGACGCUGUGCUCUGUAAGAUGGUAUCUCAUUGUUGAAAUACUGGUAUGAGGUUCAAAACGUGGCUGAUGGUGCUGCUGGGCUGGGCCAUCGCGGCUCACCUGUUCCCCGCACCAUCUUCCGAAU